AUGUUUGAUUUGGGAAAUUGCAAGUCCGCAGGUCCAGAUGGAGUUACGGCAGAAUUUUUAAAAGUUCAUUGGCCCACGGUGGGUGCUUCGGUGGUUGCAGCUGUACAGAGUUUCUUUCUAUCGGGGUUCCUUCUUAAAGAAUGGAAUCAUUCACUCCUGGUCAUGAUUCCAAAGAUUGCUACUCCUUUGGAGGUUUCCCACCUUCGGCCUAUUAGCCUUUGUAAUACAAUCUACAAAUGUGCUUCUAAGUGCUUGGUUGCUAGAAACCGUCCGUAUUUGCCUGGGUUAAUCUCGGAUUCUCAACAUGCCUUUGUCCAAGGGAGGGUUAUUUCAGAUAAUAUUCUAAUGUCCCAUGAAUUAAUGGAGAAAAUCAAUUCUUCCAAGACUGCCAGAUGGCUCCAAAUGAUUCACCAGUGCAUUUCCAUAGUCUCCUAUAAAUCUCUAAUCAAUGGUAAUAUUUCUGAGGCUUUUAAGCCUAACUGUGGCCUCCGUCAGGGGGAUCAGUUAUCCCCUUACCUCUUUCUAUUCUGCAUGGAUGUUCUUUCCAGAAUGCUACACUUGGGUCAGGAUUUGCAUUUGUUUCAAGGAAUAAAAAUCUCUAGGUCAAGUCCUGUUAUUUCCCACCUUUUCUUUGCUGACGAUGCGAUGGUCUUCUUCAGAGCGUGUGCUCCUUCUUAUACGAAUAUUAUAGAAAUUAUUCGUCGCUUUACUAAGGUUUCGGGUCAACAGCUAAAUCUCAAUAAGUCUCUGAUUAAAUUCAGUCCUAACACUACUACGCUGGCUCAGGAUGAAUUUAAAGCGAUUUUCCGUAUGAUACAAGUUCAAGGGUUUGAUCAUCAUCUGGGAUCCCCCAUUGAUUUCAUGGAAAAGAAGAAAGAUUGCUUCCAAUUUCUUGUCGACAAAAUUGUUGGCCGCAUAACGACGCUCAAUGCUGUCAGACUCUUGCAGUCACAAAAUUUAAUCUUCAGUAACUCCAUCUUGGUGGCCAUGGCUUCUCAUCUCCUCUCAUGCUUUGAAAUCCCAACCUCAAUUACUGGGAAAAUCGAUAGCUUAUUAUUGAAAUUUUUCUGGUCCCACUCCGGAAUUCAGGGAAUGCAUUGGGUAGGGAAAAGGAAAAGGAAGAUGCAUCUUCCUCGAGGAAUGGGUGGGUUAGGAAUUCGGUGUAUCUCAACUCUAAAUAAAGCUCUUCUUAUGAAGCAAGUUUGGAGAAUUGUUACCCACCCUCAGCUGCUCAUCUCCAAAGUUUAUUCUGCUCGUGCUCGCUUCUUGUCGCCAACUCCUUCUCAGGAAAGACGCUACUCAGGUCGACAGUCCUACGGUCUUCGCGGUCUGCUUCAUGCGGAUGCUCUUUUGUCAACGGGGUGCAAUUGGAAGGUCGGCAAUGGCAAUUCCAUUCUAGCCGGAAGUUCAAAUUGGGUAAAUGGUAAAUCGCCUACCUUCCACCCAGGGGUCCUCCUCGACACUGCAAAGGAUUGGACUGUUAAUUUAUUCAUUCAUCCUCAGACCCUCACUUGGGAUGUGGACAAAGUACAUCAGUAUUUUAUGCCGGCGGAUGCUUCCACAAUUCUUGCCAUGGAAUUUCCAGCUUUGCAGAAGGAGGACUUCCGCUUUUGGGCAAGCACUUUGUCAGGGAAUUACACGGUUAAGACAGGUUAUGCAAUGCUCACUCAGCCGCUUACUUCUUAUUCAGUAAGUCCGUUUUGGAAAAUCCUUUGGUCCCUGCAGUUACAGCCAAAGUGGAAACUAUUUUUAUGGAAGUUAUUCCACAACGGUCUAGCGUCAAAAGUGAGCUUCAACGCAGAGGGGUUCCCAUACAGGAUGUGUCCUGUGAUCAAUGCAGUACACAGCAGGAAGAUUUCAACCAUCUAUUCCGAGAUUGCACUAUUGCAAGAACAGCUUGGAGGAGUGGUGCCUUGGGCAUCCAUUCAGAAUUACAUGGACACCUUUCUCUUUCAGAUUAGAUCCAAGACUAUAUCCGACUUUUCAUUAGUCAGGAUGGACUUUUCAUUCCCAGUAUUAGCACCUUUGUUGGUACUCUAUGGGGUCUUUGGGAGGGAGCUUUCUCUCUCUCCUGCUGAUCUCCCGGGUUUGCCCCCGCCUGGGUUUCAUGUAGAUGGUUCUUGGUUCAAAGACACACAACAAGCAGGAAUGGGUUGGUGUCUCGACAAUGCAGAUCCUCUGGAUGAUAGGAUUGUUGGUGGGAGUAAUUUUGGGUUUUUCUCCUCUUCUCUUCACUCGGAAGCCUUAGCCUGUUACUAUGCCUUGCAAUGGGCUUCAAAUGCAGGCAUUCAAUCGUUUCAUCUGUUUACAGAUUCUUACAAUCUGGUCACUCUUCUGCGCGGCGAUGGACGAGGGGAUAUCCGGUAUUUAUGGCUGGUGCAACGAAUCCAAUGGGUAGGGUCUACCUUCCACCAGUGUAGUAUUUAUAAAGCUGAUCGGGCACGCGUUCACAGGGCGCACCAAAUUGCAGGGGAAGAUGCUGUCCAUCUCAUUUGCUUUAGCAGUAAUUUGUUUUAG